UACACCUUUAAUUUCCAACUCAUAUUUUGAAAUAUGAAAACUGAAAUUACUUAAACUUUAAAUUCUAUCAACGAUGAAGACCAGCAUUAGAUUGCAACUUUUGAAACGGUUUUACAUACUUACGACCUGUUACGUAAUUGCUGCAUCGUCAUCAAACAGUCCGAAUGUUGAACACAAGGGCUGUGAGCUGCAACCAAAAAUGAAAAAAGACUUUUGUAUCGGCAUGACAGCAUUGCAAGAGUACCUGGAUGAACUGGACUCUGUUGAAUCAGAGAGGUUAAGCUAUUCAAACACAUCGGUUGCUGAUCUCCCAAAGAUGAAAAAGAAUGGCAUCACCAGUACUCAAGAUGGCCACUUAAAUGGCACGACAGUGUCUCACGGAACAGCCUGCAUGACGGAUCCAGUGUCUGGGAGCUCAGAGAUGUACAAGUGCCGCAACGGACUUUGGACAUCGUAUAAUACCCGAGGGCUCUGGAAAGAAAACACCACCGCCCUAGUAAGGAAAGCCCGGUUCUGGAACUUUGUUUACCAAACUUCUUGUAGAACUGUAUGUGACUGUGGUUGGUGGCACCGAAGUUGUCAUUUACACUGCUGGAGUUUUUGGUUUAUUAAUCACUACCCAACCGUAUAUUGUCCUGUCAUCGCCGAUGUAUUUGUAACAGGCCUACCUACUUGGGUAUAUUGGUCUGCUGCAACUGCGUAUGAUAAAGAGGACGGAUAUUUAAGAACACGCCAGACAUAUGGACCAGGACCAGGGUCAUACAUUUAUUCUCCAGGCACAUACAGUGUCACCUAUGAAGCCAAAGAUCGAUACGGCGCCACGGCCUAUUGUACUUCCCGUUUCACCGUUUCAUAUUACCGAUGUCUUUACUCUGACUCUUACGGCCUGACUGUCUACACAAUCCCGAAUGGAUAUGUUACUUGUGCCAACUAUCGUUUAUAUAGAAUUUUCUUUUACUUGUAUGGAGAAUCCUGCACGUAUGGUUGCUAUUCUGGUUAUGUGCUACAAGGUCCAAGUACUAUUACAUGUAAUGCUUUUGGGUAUUGGAAUGGCCAAAGACCAACUUGUGUGCCUCGACCUGUCUGCCAAUCGCCGGCGACUAUUUCAAAUGGACUGUGGUCAGCAUACAGUUUAGCUGCUGGUUCUGUGGCAUAUCUUUACUGUAAGGACGGUUACACAGUUAACGGUCCUAGCUACGUCACUUGCUUAUCCAAUGGAAUAUGGUCUAUGGCUGGUUCAUGCAAGGAUAUCCAGCCUCCUGUACUGAAGUGCCCAUCAACCAUUACCGCCGUCUCCAAGCCUAAGAAACAGCCUGUUUCUGUGACAUGGGGCAGUUGGUCAGUCUCGGACAACUCCAACGAGUUUGUUACAGUCUCCAGCAGUGCUGUCUCAGGGCAGCUGUUUCCGGUUGGGCAGACGGUAGUGUCUGUGCAAGCCACUGAUAAAAGUGGCAAUCAUGCCACAUGUUCUUUUUUGGUCAAUGUUACAUUCAACACAUGUCCAGCCAUCAGCGUACCCGACCAGGCCAAGGUCAACUGUAGCCAUGACAACGCUGUAGGGUCAGAUUGUGUGUUCUCAUGCACUGAAGGUUUCCAGUUGACUGGGGCGACGGUUCAAAGCUGUCUUGAGACAGGGAAAUGGGAGAACAAGACAACAACCUGUCAAAGAGCUUUGUGUAGCAAGCCCCCAGCUGUAGUGAAUGGUGAGGUCAAUUGUCCAAACAACACCUACACAUUUGGGGUCAUUUGUCCAGUAACUUGCUAUAAAGGGUACCAGAUUCAGGGUAGCACAUCUGUUGUGUGUCUGUCAAAUACAACAUGGAGUUCACAUGGCGUAUGUCAAGAUACUGAACCUCCGACCAUUGUGAGUUGUACCAACGUAUCGGUAUAUGCUGAACAGUUAGGGUACUCAACAUAUGUGUCUUUUACGGGGCAGGUUAAAGCAACUGAUACCACAAAUACAACAAUUGAUGUUAGUUACCUCCCUGCUUCAAAUACAGCCUUCAGUAUAGGCACGACACAUGUCAAGGCUACAGUAUCUGACCUUGCAGGAAAUAAAGCAUACUGUAAUUUUACAGUAACUGUUGGAGCUAUACUAUGCCAGAAUCCAGCUUUCAUUGGUCUGGAAGAAAAUGGGACAUCUUUAAUGGUCUUCAACUGCCCCCAAGGUUAUGUGUAUGGUGCCACAUGCAACAUAACAUGCAGCAAUGGCAAUGCUGUAGUUGGAAGCCCAGGCAUUUUUUGCAGGAAAAAUGAAACUUUACCUGGCACAGGCUACUGGGACUAUGGAAAUGCUAAACCUGUUUGCGAUUCAAAAUUCUGCAGCAAGCAAGAAGCUCCAACCUUUGGAGCUGUGGCUUGUGAUGUGAUCAACCAACAGGAAGUGUGUACUGUACUAUGUAAAAAGAACUACACGCUUACUGCCGGCUCGCCUCAAAAUGGUGUUUACGUCUGCUGGAGAAAAACUGGGGAGUGGCUUCCAAGUAUUAUUUUAAGAAGUACAUGCAUUGUGUCCUCAACUCCUUCCAUAGAGACCAAACCAAAUAUCCAAUAUUAUUCAAACAGCUGUCCCACAUCAACAGAAGAAAUCAGGACAAAGUUUUUCACCUUGAUUCAAGGGUCGGAUUUGUUUAGAGAUGUGUGUACAACAGUAACCUGUAACGUAACUGAUGUCACAGUGACCUGCGGCUCAAGGAGUAGGCGGUCUGUUGAUGACCAAAUGCUAUACACAUCAUCCAGUAAUACUUCAGCCUUAAACAGGGAGAUAAGAGACACCAGCACUGCUACUCACAUAACCAAGGUAAUGUUUGUUAUGAGAAUUUCAUAUCAAGAUCAAGGUAGUGCAACAGAGACAUUAUCUUUCUAUGAUAACUUGAUUUAUGAUUUGAAUGUGAUUCUCGACACAAUGACAUCUGAUGGAUCACUUAGUAUCCCUGAAGCUGGAGAAACUGAUGCCUAUUCAUAUGGGUUUGGGAAUUUAAACUUUGUCUGCCCAGAAAACACAAUUUUUUUUCGUCAGACUGCUCUCUGUGCCGGGUGUGGUAAAGGUAGCAUAUACAACAAAACAACCAACACCUGCUCUGCUUGUCCUGCUGGUACCUACCAGCCUAAUGAUACAGCAUCAGAAUGUCUCUAUUGUCUGGAAGGAUUUACAACAACCAAAACUAAUUCAAUAUCAGCGAGUGAUUGCCUGGGUUAUUGUGAUGCAGGCACGUACUCGAUGACUGGGAUAAAACCAUGUGAAGUCUGUACAAGAGGUACAUAUCAACCUCUUGUGGGCAGGAAAGGGUGUGACCCUUGCCCUUUUGGCAUGUCCACCCUUAGCUCUGGAUCAACUUUGAAGGCUGAUUGCAAAUUUUAUAGCAUUUUGCUGGGAAACACAACUCAGGAGGUUAGGUUUGACAAUGCCAAUGGGCCAAUAAAGAACUUUACCAUGGUGUUUUGGGCUUAUAUACCACAAGACCUUAUUGGCAACACCACUUCAACCUUUACAUUAGCGUCAAACGUGGGAGGUGCUAUGAUAGGAUGCAAAGAUUUUCUGGUUUCAAUUACAUCAGAAGAACUUCCAUUGAAACGAACAAAAAAAUCCUGGUACCAUCUAGCUGUCACCCACUCUAUCAGCAACACAUCUCUGUAUGUUGAUGGUAAGCUUAUUGAGCAGAAGACUACAGCUGGUCUCGUCAAUUGCACAGACUUUAAACUUUUCUACACACAUUCUGCUAGGAUUCCUGAACUGACUGUAAGUGGCUUGCAGUUAUCAAGAACAGAGUUGCCACAAAAUAGUGUAAAUUCUUUUGCACACUCUUGUGGAUUAGUUAUGGAUGAAAACAUUUUCCUGGCUUCAGAAAAUACAGCACCUCUGUUGACACCUUCCUUUUGUGAUGAUAACGACAUCUGUCUUACCAAACCCUGUGGAGAGCAUGGCGUUUGCCUUGAUUUACUUGAAGGCUUUCAAUGUAUCUGUGAUGAACUUUGGUCUGGAAAUAGUUGCCAGGUAGCACCAGAUUUUUGUGUUGGUAAUCUGUGCCGUAAUGUAACAGAAUGUGUGAGUCAAUUGCUGAGUAAAAACUAUACAUGUAACUGUCACGAAGGUUAUAAGGGACUCUUCUGUACUGAAAAAAUAAUAAAUGGUGGCUGGAGCAACUGGACAGAUUGGAGUGUUUGUCCAGUGACCUGCGAUGGAGGGGUUAUAUCAAGGUACCGCACCUGCAACAACCCAACACCUGAUCCUAGUGGUGUGCCAUGCAGUGGUAAUGCUAAUGAAACUAAACCUUGCAAUGUGGAUCCCUGUGCAGUCAAUGGGGGAUUCAGUUUGUGGAGUGAAUGGGUGUGUGAUGUACAGUGUGGAGAAGGUAAUGCCUCUAGAUCUCGUAGCUGCAACAAUCCUGCUCCAUUGUAUGGUGGACUCAAUUGUUCUGGAGAACUUAAUGAAACAAAAAGCUGUGACAACCUAACAGCUUGUCCAAUCAAUGGAGGAUUUGGACCGUGGUCAGAUUGGUCAACUUGCUCUAAGACAUGUGGUUCAGGUGUUACGACAAGGUACAGAAAUUGUGACUCACCAAAGCCACAAUAUGGUGGUAAAAAUUGCAGUGUGACAGGUUUCACUGAGAGUGCUCAGUGUAAUAAUAAUACAUGCCCAGUCUGCUUAAAGCUGUACAGGCAGACACACAUGCAGGAUAUUCAAUGCAAAACAAAUACAACAACAGAUAUGACGGAGUGUAAUAUUGUAUGUAUAUCUGGUUACAUCACUGACUUAUCCAUUGUGUACAAGUGUGGCCGGCUUUCUAACUAUACAUGGUCACAUGUCACACCUGAGAACCCCAGAGGUCUCCUGCCAGAUUGCACAGCUGCGGUUUCUGUGACUGAACGGAGCAUAAGUCAACAGGCUGAAAUUACAGCACCUACUAGCUCUGGGACAAUCGAGACCCAAGUAGCAGAGAAUAUCAACAAAACUAUCAAUUCAAGUUGUACAACUUGUGAAUACUCUGUUACAUCUAACACAUCUAACACUUCCGUAUCUAGGAAAAAGAAGAGUGCAACAGUAAAUUUAACUAUCAACUACAUUAUGUAUGUCAGAUCCCCUUUAAUAGAUUCAACAACAGCUACAGAUGAACAAACAGAGUUGGUAAGACAGAAACUUCUUGAAUUUGAGCAAGUUGCCCAGAUGAUCUACAAUAACUCCGCUGACAUCUUCACUGUCACAGUAAAUGGCAUUAAAUAUAAAGGAAAUGUAAGCAGUACAGUUUCUGUGUCGGAGAAAUGCCCAGUGGGCACUACCUUGCUCCGUGCUGUGUGUGCAUACUGUGUCCCAGGAACGUACUGGAAAAAUGAAAUAUGUCUGUUGUGUCCUGUUGGGACAUACCAGGAGCAGGCUGGGAUGACCUACUGUGACCCUUGCCCUCAGGGGACAUCAACUGCUGGUCUGGGAUCCCAGUCUAUCACUCACUGCAUAGAGGACCCAUCCAUCUACUAUGAUUGUUCCUUAGGCUACUGGUCUGAUGAUGACAAUGGACCUUGCAAUCAGAAACAGGAUUCUCAAAAUGCUGCUCCUGAGAACUUGGGUUUAAUUAUUGGUGCAACACUUGGUGCAGUAGCACUAAUUGCAGUACUGUUCCUGGCUUUUAAAUUCCGUAAAGCAAUUUGGAGCCGAUUUCAAACCCAGGUCAUUCCCAGCAAGCCUCCGCCAUACUCAUAUCUAGACCCACACUCCAAAGAUGCCUACUUUCACAAAAGAUCAUCAGUGGAAAUAAUUCUUGAUGAGCUUCCAAAGCCUUCAAUAUAACAAGGCAAAAUUGUAACUGACAUCUGAGAAUCAUCAGAAAUUCUUUUCACAAAAAGUCAUAGAAUUCAUCUUAAAUUAAAUUAUUGCAUCUGGGCUCUUAACAAUAUGAUUACUACAUUUUUAAAAUAUAGAGAAAUUUAAAGAAAUUUUAUUGUUUUGAAACUCGGGAACAUAUUUUCUGUCAGUCUUUUAGAUUAAACAUAAAAUACUGUGUUUAAAAUUAUAAAAAUACUUUGUAUGAAUAAUUAAAAAAUUAUAUGUGUGAUUGUGUUUAAUUGUGUGCAUUCAUUAACCUAAUGAAUUUAUCUUAAUAUUAGCAAAGUUAGGUGUAUAGUAUAUUUCAAAUAAAUUUAUUUCAUUCUGUUUAACAUUGCUAAAAUCUUGCAAACAAAAUUUUACCCACAUUUAGCAAACUCAAUUGUUUAAAAAUUUUUGGUGAUACGGCAUAUUUUACAAGAAGUUUGAUAUAAUUAGAUAUAUAUUUACUUUUUAAAAAGGAUUGGAAAACUUUAUGUCCUGAUAACAUUUACACAUUAUUAUAUUCAUUUAUUUUUCAAACUUUCUGUUGUGUGAAUUUUUUAAUACAAACAUUAUUAUUCUGUACUGUAUAUAUAUAUAUAUAUAUAUAUAUAUAUAUAUAUAUAUAUGUAUAUAU